UAGUGUGGAAGCCAGGCAGAACCGCAGCAAGCGUCACACGUUUUAAAACGAAAACACUAGUGUAAACGUCGUAUUCCCUCUCAUUGCUGUUUCAGCCAUGGGGCCCAAAGCAACAUAUUUACUGCUGCUCAUGUGCGUCGCCAUCAUCCUCACCAGCACUGAAGCUCAGAAUCAUCUACUGGGACCAAUACAGCCUAAACCUGACACAUUCUGUCAUGAUGCUCCUCAGCAGAGGCGGACUUACCCAUUAGGCAAAGGAUAUCCCCCUCCCAGGUGCUGUGUGACCAUUUUAGAGAAAAUCCCACGGCGCAUUCUGCGAUUAGUUUCCAGAUGUGAGAUACAGAGCAAAUAUGGUGCCUGCCACAUUGAUGCAUUGAUAUUACAUAUCAGAAACAAACUGUUCUGUGCACAUCCCAGACUGUUGAAGAAACUGAAGAAGAUUCACGAAUCCCAACCUGGCUUAAAUGCAAACAAGAAAUGAAUGAAUGUGAUUGUGAAAUCUGUUUAGAAUCCUGAUGGCAGAGAUAUAGUUUCAAUAUUUGCUGCCUUGGAUGUUUUAAAAGUUAUUUUUCAGCUAAUAGUACCA